CGGAGCAGUUCCUCAUCAGCAACCUCUCUCUGAAUGCGGAGGCCAACCUGACCUCCUUCUCCGUCUCCACCGCCCCCUGCAGCCACUGCCGUCAAUUCCUCCAGGAACUCUGCGCUGCCUCCGACGUGAAUAUCCUGAUUACCUCCGAUGACACGCCGCAAUUCACCCCUCUCUCUCACUUCCUCCCUCACCAAUUUGGCCCCCACGACCUCCUCUCCCAUGGCACUCCCCUUCUCUUGGAAACCCACCACAACGCCUUAACUCUUCCCGUGACGGAAGAAUCAAAUCCCGGAGUCGCAACGUCCGCAGCCGUGUGAAUUGCGGGACAGCGAGUGGAAGAGAACUGAAGGAACAAAAUCCCUCUCUCAUGGUCGUGAAAGUAGCUGAUUCUUCUCCGCUCGAACCACUCCCUCACCUCCUCAUCGUCGACGAGGAACGGGGCGUCGAGAUUUCCGGAGGCAAAGACGUUGGAGUCGAUGACACGGUCAAGGAGCUGAGCGAAAUCGUCAUGCCGUCGCGCGAUGAAGCUGACAACCACCACGCCAUCGGAGGGCGAAUGAGGACUCGAACGGGUGACGGCGACGGGGAAGGGUUUCGUUGCUCCAUCUUUCAAAUGUCAAUGCCUUCUCUUUGCCCUGCAAGAUUUCGAUUUCCAGCUUCAUCCCAUUCUUCUUCCCUCUUUUUUUUUUUGCUUUUUUUUUUUGUUUAGAUUGUGUUUUAGUUUUCUGGAGUUGGCUUCCAAGGUUGCACUUGCAUAUUUAAGAUUUAAUAGGUUCGAAAAUCGUGGUUUAAAUAUUAUGGUUGGAACUGGAGCAACGAGGGCGGCGGAGUUCCUGGAGGAAUUGGCGGCAGUGGCCGCAGGGGGCGGCAGAGACGGCAAAGGAGGUCAGGUUGGCCUCCGCAUUCAGAGAAAGGUUGCUGACGAGAAACUUCGCUUAUAGAUGCCAGCUCAACUUGCUAUUUCAUAACAAAAUUAACAGAGUUAACUGUAUUUAACAGAAAUCCUAUUGAAUUAUAUUUACCAAAUUAGGAUCUAAUUGAUCACUUUCAAAAUUAGAGGACUCAAUUGAAACGAACCCGUAAAUAUAAGGAACUCCGAAUCUAUUAAACAUUUAUUUUACAACAACAAAAAAGUCUUUUAUCAUGCAUUAUCGCACACCGUUUCUGAAAAAAAACCGACUAUUUUUUGUAAGUAUUCAAAAAUAUUUAUAGAAUGUGUUUGUAAAAAUAAUUUCGAUACAAUAUUUUAAACAGUUUAUGCGCAUUUAUUCAGUAAAUCCUUAAUUAAGUUAGUAUUUAUUUAUCUUGUUCUUGAACCCAAUCAAAUAGAGACGGGCCGGGUCAUAUUCUUGAACCCGUUUCAUGUAGAGCGAAGGAAGCGAAGGUUCCCACUACCACCUUUGCUGAUAGUCACGAUGUCCGUCACCUUCACUUCGUCACCGACAUUUCCCUAAGCUUUCUCCGACUCACGGACUCGUAGAUCGAGCGCGUUCUGCUGGACAUCUUGAGAGCAAAGUUUGGCAGGUGGGUGAAACGCGGUAACGUUAGCGUUGGUGGAGACCCAACCCUUAGGGACGUUCUCCUCGGCGUCUCCAUUUCGUCGUCAACAGCUGUAGAGUAAAUAGCAGUAGUAGUAGGAUCUGUGUAAGAUGCUGCUUCGAAGAAUUGUUGCUGCAUGUCCACAGUCAAGGCGCAUGUUCAGCUCCUCUGUAAACCAUAGCUAUGAAAGUGCUAUUCAGGAACUCAACAAGGAAAUGGAAUCGGUAUUUGGUGAUCCUCCUGCAAAUGGACUCGCUAGCUCUGCAAACAAUUUGAACAAUGAAGCCCAACUGCCAGCUCCAAACAUUAGUGACAGUUCUUUUCAAUUGACUCAUACUAGUAAAUCGGGGGAAGCUCAAAUGGUAGACGUGUCUCCAAAAGAAAGUAGUAAAAGAAAUGCCACUGCUGUAUGCAAGGUAAUUCUUGGGAAGAAGGUGUUUGACUUAGUCGUGGCCAAUCAAAUGGUGAAAGGAGAUGUGCUUACCGUGGCAAAAAUUGCCGGCAUAACUGCAGCAAAGCAAACUAGCAAUCUUAUCCCUUUGUGCCAUAACAUAAACCUUUCACAUGUGCAAGUGGAUUUGAGAUUAAAUCACGAGGACUUCAGUGUAACAAUAGAAGGGGAAGCUGCAUCAACAGGUAAAACCGGGGUUGAGAUGGAAGCGAUGACGGCUGUGUCUAUUGCGGGCUUAACAGUGUAUGAUAUGUGUAAGGCUGCUUCAAAAGAUAUAGCUAUUACAGAUAUAAGACUUAAGCAUAAAUCUGGUGGAAAAAGUGGAGAGUACUGGUGGACAUAAUGAUGGUUUAAUUUCCAUUGCAAACAAUACGAAAAUGCUAUUAUUCUUCAUAUAGUUUUCUGCACCAGCGUAAACUCUAUACAUGGCUUCCUAGUUAUGGGAGGCAUGAAUGUUGGGGAUAGUUUUUAGUACGUUUCAAUUACUCA